GGCCUCAGCGGCAUGCAGCCGUCCGGCAGAGCAGCGGGCGCCUGGCGAUGGCGGCAGUGCCGGCUGUGAAGCAUUGGCGCACGGCGCUAGAGCGGGUGGAGAAGUUCGUGUCGCCACUCUACUUCACCGACUGCAACCUCCGCGGCAGGCUCUUCGGGGACCGGCGCCCGGUGGCCGCACUCGCCAGCUUUCUGACGCCAGAGCGGCUGAGCUACGAGGACGCAGUGCAGCAGGACUUCCGCCCAGCGCAGGUCGGCGACUGCUUCGGACCCACAUGGUGGACCUGCUGGUUCCGGGUGGAGCUGAUCAUCCCCGAGGCGUGGGUGGGCCAGGAAGUUCACCUGUGCUGGGAAAGUGAUGGAGAAGGCCUAGUCUGGCGUGAUGGGGAACCAGUCCAGGGUCUAACCACAGAGGGUGAGAAGAACAGUUAUAUCCUGACCAACAAGCUGGGAGAAGGAGACUCCCGGAGCCUGACCCUCUAUGUGGAAGUGGCCUGCAAUGGGCUGCUGGGGGCUGGGAAGGGAACCAUGAUCGCCCCCCCUGACCCCAAGAAGAUGUUCCAGCUGAGCCGGGCCGAGCUGGCCGUGUUCCACCGGGACAUCCACCAGCUCCUGGUGGACCUAGAACUGCUGCUGGGCAUAGCCAAGGGCCUCGGGAAGGACAGCCAGCGCAGCUUCCAGGCCCUGUACACAGCCAACCAGAUGGUGAAUGUCUGUGACCCUGCCCAGCCUGAGACCUUCCCAGUGGCCCAGGCAUUGGCCUCUCGGUUCUUUAACCAACGUGGGGGUGAAAGUCAGCAUACUCUUCAUGCCAUGGGGCACUGCCACAUUGAUACAGCCUGGCUGUGGCCCUUCAAGGAGACUGUGCGGAAAUGUGCCCGGAGCUGGGUGACAGCCCUGAAGCUCAUGGAGCAGAAUGCUGAUUUCAUCUUUGUCUGCUCCCAGGCACAGCAGCUUGAGUGGGUAAAGAGCCAUUACCCCGGCCUGUAUGCCCAGCUUCAGGAGUUUGCCUGCCAAGGGCAGUUUGUGCCCGUGGGAGGCACCUGGGUGGAGAUGGAUGGGAACCUGCCCAGUGGAGAGGCCAUGGUGAGGCAGUUCCUGCAGGGCCAGAGCUUCUUCCUGCAGGAGUUUGGAAAGCUGUGCUCUGAGUUCUGGCUACCGGACACGUUUGGCUACUCAGCGCAGCUACCCCAGAUCAUGCGUGGCUGUGGUAUCACACGCUUCCUGACCCAGAAGUUGAGCUGGAAUUUGGUGAACUCCUUCCCUCACCACACCUUUCACUGGGAGGGGCUGGAUGGCUCUCGUGUGCUGGUCCACUUCCCACCUGGUGACUCCUAUGGAAUGCAGGUCAACGUGGAGGAGGUGCUGAAGACUGUGACCAACAACCAGGACAAGGGGCGGGCCAACCACAGUGCCUUCCUCUUCGGUUUCGGUGACGGGGGUGGCGGCCCCACUCAGACCAUGCUGGACCGUUUGAGGCGCCUGGGCAACACCGACGGUCUGCCCAGGGUGCAGCUGUCUUCUCCCGACCAGCUCUUCGAGGCACUGGAGAGUGACCAGGGCCAGCUGUGCACGUGGGUCGGGGAGCUCUUCCUGGAGCUGCACAAUGGCACCUACACCACCCACGCCCAGAUCAAGAAGGGGAACCGGGAAUGUGAGCGGAUCUUGCACGAUGUUGAGCUGCUCAGCAGCCUGGCUCUGGCCCGCAGUGCCCACUUCCUGUACCCAGCAGCCCAGCUACAGCACCUCUGGAGGCUUCUGCUCCUGAACCAGUUCCAUGAUGUGGUGACUGGAAGCUGCAUCCAACUGGUGGCAGAGGAUGCCAUGAAAAACUACGAAGACAUCCGUUCCCAUGGCAACACACUACUCAGUGCUGCAGCUGGUGCACUAUGUGCUGGGGAGCCUGGGCCCGAGGGCCUCCUGGUUGUCAACACACUGCCCUGGAAGCGCACAGAAGUGCUGGCCCUUCCCAAGCCUGGUGGGACCCAGAGCCUCGGUAGGAGCAGAGAGGAGGAACCCAGCCCUGGUGACCGUGCCCAGCAUGGGCUAUGCGCCUGCUCCCACCUCCACCUUGCCGCAGCCUCUCACACCCCAGCAGCCAGUAUUCGUAAUGCAGGAGCCCCUGCAAGCUCAACCUCAAAGUCCCGCCCACCCAAGACUGACGGUUCCGUGACUCUGGACAAUGGCAUCAUCCGAGUGAGACUGGAUUCAACUGGCCACCUGACGUCCCUAGUCCUGGUGGCCUCUGGCAGGGAAGCCAUUGCUGAGGGUGCUCUGGGGAACCAGUUUGUGCUGUUCGAUGACGUCCCCCUAUACUGGGAUGCUUGGGACGUCAUGGAUUACCACCUGGAGACACGGAAGCCCUUGCUGGGCCAGGUAGGGACCCUGGCUAUAGGCACUGAGGGUGGCCUUCGGGGCAGUGCCUGGUUCCUGCUGCAGAUCAGCCCCAACAGUCGGCUCAGCCAGGAGGUUGUGCUGGACAUUGGCUGCCCCUACGUCCGUUUCCACACAGAGGUACACUGGCAUGAGGCCCACAAGUUCCUGAAGGUGGAGUUCCCUGCCCGUGUGCGGAGCCCCCAGGCCACCUACGAGAUCCAGUUUGGGCACCUGCAGCGGCCUACACACUACAAUACCUCUUGGGACUGGGCUCGAUUUGAGGUGUGGACCCACCGCUGGAUGGACCUAUCUGAGCAUGGCUUUGGGCUGGCCCUGCUCAACGACUGCAAGUAUGGAGCCUCGGUGCGAGGCAAUGUCCUCAGCCUGUCGCUUCUGCGGGCUCCUAAGGCUCCCGAUGCCACCGCUGACAUGGGGUGCCACAAGUUCACCUAUGCACUGAUGCCACACGAGGGCUCCUUCCAGGAUGCUGGUGUUAUCCCUGCUGCCUACAGCCUCAACUUCCCAUUAUUGGCACUGCCAGCCCCAGGCCCUGCCCCAGCCACUGCCUGGAGUGCCUUUUGGCUCUCCUCCCCAGCUGUCGUGUUGGAGACUGUUAAACAGGCCGAGACCACAACCCAGAACCGCACGCUGGUCCUGCGGCUGUACGAGGCCCACGGCAGCCACGUGGACUGCUGGGUGCACACAUCGCUGCCCGUUCAGGAGGCCGUCCUCUGCGACCUCCUGGAACGUAGAGAUCCUGCUGGCCACCUGCCCUUUCAAGACUCAAGCCUAAAAGUCACCUUUUCUCCCUUCCAAGUGAGGUCCCUAGUGCUCGUGCUCCAGCCUCCAUCAAACUGAGUACCUGGGGGUGAUGUUUUGUUUGUGCAAGACAUUGGGACUCAGUUGCCUCCCCAGCCUGAAACAAGGACCUGUCACGUCUGGCACAAUAAAUUCUUGGCUCAGUGCAGCCUUGCUAGUCA